GAUGGCGACCGUGCAUCUGAGGAUCGGGGAUUUGGUUUGGGGAAAGCUUGGACGCUAUCCACCUUGGCCAGGCAAGAUCGUCAGUCCUCCAAAGGAUCUGAAAAAGCCGAGAGGCAAAAAAUGCUUUUUUGUCAAAUUUUUUGGGACUGAAGAUCACGCCUGGAUAAAAGUAGAACAGCUGAAGCCCUACCACCCCCACAAAGAGGAGAUGAUCAAGAUAAACAAAGGCAAGCGCUUCCAACAGGCUGUUGAUGCAGUGGAGGAGUACCUUAAAAAAGCCAAGGGCAAAGAUCAGGCGCACUCUGAAGACAAAAGCAAAUCGGAGAAAGGCCGUAAAGCAGCUAAACCUAUGAAGAUUAUUGAAGAGGAUGAUGAGGAUGCCUUCAAGGGUGGCUCAUCAGACAAGGAACAGACUGACUCUGAUCCAGAGCCAUCCUCUGUACGACGGCUGGUCGCUGGAACAGUAUCAGGAUUCAAAUGGGAGAGCAGUCCAGUAAAGGAUGACCCACAUUUCCAUCACUUUCUGCUCAGCCAGUCUGAGAAGCCUGCUUCAUCAAUGGAGCCCAUCACCAAACGCUUAAAGAUUAUUGAGGAGGACACAAGAGCAACGUCUAUUCAGGCAGCAGACAGCACAGCAAUCAAUGGCAGCAUCACACCUACAGACAAAAGGAUAGGAUUCCUUGGACUGGGACUAAUGGGAAGUGGUGUGGUUUGUAAUUUGUUGAAGAUGGGCCAUGUUGUGACAGUUUGGAAUCGCACAGCAGAAAAGUGCGAUUUGUUCAUUCAGGAAGGUGCCAGAUUAGGCCGAACACCCGCAGAGGUUGUGUCCAUGUGUGAUAUCACAUUUUCCUGUGUAUCAGACCCCAAAGCUGCCAGAGAUCUUGUUUUAGGUCCUAGUGGAGUUCUACAGGGGAUCAGACCAGGCAAAUGCUAUGUGGAGAUGUCCACUGUUGAUCCAGAAACCAUCACAGAGCUUGCACAAGUCAUCACAUCCAGAGGCGGCAGGUUUCUAGAAGCUCCAGUUUCAGGCAGCCAGCAGCUUUCCAAUGAUGGUAUGCUGGUCAUUGUUGCUGCAGGAGACCGCAGUGUUUAUGAAGACUGUAGCAGCUGCUUCCAAGCAAUGGGGAAGACGUCUUUCUUUAUAGCAGGUGAAGCCGGAAAUGCCGCAAGAAUGAUGUUGAUCCUGAACAUGGUUCAAGGAAGUUUCAUGGCAACCAUUGCAGAGGGGCUGACCUUGGCACAGGCCACUGGACAGUCACAACAAACAUUUUUGGAUAUUCUUUGCCAGGGACAGAUGGCAAGCACUUUUGUGGACCAGAAAUGCCAAAAUAUCUUGCAGGGCAACUUCAAACCUGAUUACUACCUGAAACAUAUUCAGAAAGAUCUGAGAUUGGCCAUUUCAAUGGGAGAUUCUGUUAAUCACCCAACACCGAUGGCAGCUGCUGCAAAUGAGGUAUACAAGAGGGCAAAAGCAUUGGACCAGUCAGACAAUGAUAUGUCUGCAGUCUACAGAGCUUAUAUUCACUAAUUCUGUAGAUGUGCUCUACAUCCUGGACCACAAACCUUUUUUUUUUUUUUUCCUCUCUCUCCCCUCUGCUGAUGAAUUUUGUUGGGCACCAGUGAUAUGUUUUCCCAUGUGUAAUGGGAUCUCUUUAGCAGUCUAAUCUGAGCAUUGCACUGGCUAUAAUAUUGCUGCACGUAUGCUGAAUGGGACGUGAUUAAACUCCCUGUGAUAUUGAUAUUUUAUUUGAUAGUGCGUGCAGUGUUAUAACAGCAUUUCAUUAAGGGCUGCAGCAUACAAUGCAGUCUUGUUUGAGGUGACUAGGGUUUUAUUUAUCAUUCAUAUUUUUACUAAUGACUUCCCUGAGUGUUUUUUUUUUUUUUUUUUUUUUUACUGAAAAUAUGAACUUUCUGAUCACAAACAGACUUGAGAAGCACGAAGAAAACAGCCACUGCAUUGCCUUAAUACCCAUAUAUGAUAGAAGUAUUUAUUUAUUUUAUCUCUAAAGAUCAUCAUCCUGUCAUUUGCAUUUUGGCCGUUCGUUUUAUCUUAUUGUUUUUUGUUCAUUGUUGGAGAUCACCAGUUCACUAGAUAGUUUUCUUUGCCUUAUGAGAAAUGCAGUAUUUUUUUUAAAUUAGAGGUUGGCUUUGUAAUGAUUACACAUCCAGAAAAUCCAGAAAUGUCCCUAACAUCACUCAAUUAAUUAACCAUAUGCUGAAAAGCAUCCCUUAGAUUACUGAAGUAUUGAGUCAUGACUACCAGUAAUACAGUGGAACUAAUUUUUUUUUUCUUUUCUUUUUUCUUUUCUUUUUUCUUUUUUUUCAGCUUGACUCAAGGUCUUUCCCUGCUUUAGAUCUAGUUUUGCAGCACACACGCAUCUUUCAAAUGGACUUAAAAAGAAAAGAAAAAACAUUUGGAAUAAUUUAAUUUCCCUUGUACUUUAUUUCAUCGUUUUAAAUUGGACCUCAGAAUUGAAAAUGUAUAUUUUUUGUUCUAAGUUGACAGUCAGAUCAGGGUGAUCUGUCACCUUAUUUUUAUUAAAUUGUUUGCCUACUUGUUUCAAAAACGAAUUGACUGUUGGCAGUCUUUGAUUUAAACUUCCAUUUAAAACUUAUAGAAAUGGAAAACAAAAUUUCAUGUCAAGAUAAAGACAUUUUAUCCCUAAAUUAUAAAUGUUGGAUUUUUUUUUUUUUUUUUUUUUUUUUUUUUUGAUUACAUAUUACAGGCCAUGUAUUCAGUGGCAUGUUAUUUGGUCAUUUCGGUAUUUAGUUUUAAAUUAAAAACAAAUACAGUUUGAUUCCUUUUCUAUGAACUGUUGUUCUACCAAAAGAAUUUGACGCGUGAUAACGGAUAAAAUAAUUUUGUGAAUUACUAAGGACCCUGUAAGAUGUUGUAUAUAUCCCCAUUACAGGGUUGGGCUAUUUGAAUACUUGGAAUAACAUGCUUUCAGUUUGACUCUACUGAAUUUAUUAAUCUGGUGUCUUAAUAUUGUAGGCUGUUCUUGUCUUAGCUGAUGGGUUUAUUUACUGUAAAUUGUUUGAUUUUUGUGGCUUAACAGACUUGAUAAUGAAAUACAGACAACCUGAUUCUAGUUCUGCAAGGAAGGCAUUGAUGUUAUAAUUGGAGUUUAUUUAUAAUUUCAUGUAAAUGUGAAAUUUUUGUUCCUUUGUUUGUGCAGUCAACUGAACCCUCUGAAUAAACAAACCAAGUGUCUAAA